AUGUCGAGAUUACCACCCUCAUCAACAAGAAGCUACGGCGGCAUCAGGCCGAGUAACCAAGGCUCCAACGGCGGAUCUGGGUUCCAAAUUGUAGAAUGCCCAAACAUGCAACUAGCGUUCUCGAAUUGUCUGAUUGUCAGUCCUCAAGACUUGGGAAGAAAUCAGUAUGUUCGAGUCAAGGAUCAUUUUAUAUUCACAACAAAACCCGACAAAGCGAUACAACCGGGAACAGUGGGCUGCAUGAAAGCCCAACGAGCGUGGGCCAAGCUGUCGACGAUGGGCGAUGUCGUCAAUAUCACUCCAUUCGAUCCCCAGAGAGAACUUGGCUCGAAUUGCUAUUUAGCCGAAUUAGACCUCGAACUGGGUUGGUGGCAUCAAGGCAGUGCAACACCUGGCUCCGUAUUUGAUGCCGAAGAGCUCUCUCAAUUGAUCACAAGGUCGUUUGAUUCGCUCAUCUUCUCCGUAGGCCAGCCCUUGGUAUUUGAGAUGAACGGGGAAAAGCUCAGGGCGAUCGUGACUGCUGCACGGACGGUGGACAUCCAGGCUUUGGCAGACGUCUCAGACGAGCCGCAAGACGCCACCAUGGGGAUCCUGAUGGCCAAUACGAUCAUCAACGUCACCAAGUCACCAGAGGCCUCUCUCAAGAUCAAAGCAAGCUCCAAGCGAGCCGCCCCAAACGCCAUCAUCAAACCAAACUUCAAGUUUCAAGACAUGGGAAUCGGCGGCCUGGAUUCCGAAUUCGGCGCAAUCUUUCGGAGAGCUUUUGCUAGUCGUAUCUUCCCACCCGGAAUGGUCGAAAAGUUGGGAAUCCAACAUGUCAAAGGUUUGCUGCUGUUUGGUCCUCCUGGUACUGGAAAGACGUUGAUGGCAAGACAGAUCGGGAAGAUGCUGAAUGCCAGGGAACCGAAGAUCGUGAACGGGCCGGAAAUCCUGAAUAAAUUUGUCGGAGAAUCGGAGAAGAAUAUCCGAGAACUGUUUGCAGAAGCGGAAGUGGAGUACAAAGCCAAGGGAGAUGAAUCAGGACUGCACAUCAUCAUCUUUGACGAGCUGGAUGCGAUCUGUAAGCAGAGAGGCUCGACGGGUGGCGGGACGGGUGUCGGCGACUCGGUUGUCAAUCAGUUGUUGUCGAAGAUGGACGGAGUCGAUCAGUUGAACAACAUCCUGAUCAUCGGAAUGACCAAUCGAUUGGACAUGAUCGACGAGGCGUUACUUCGACCAGGUCGAUUAGAAGUUCACAUGGAGAUCUCCCUACCAGAUGAGAACGGUCGCUUACAAAUCUUGAACAUCCACACGGCCAAGAUGAGACUGAACAACGUGAUGUCUGGGGAUGUGCUCCUGACCGAACUGGCCGCAUUGACCAAGAACUUCUCGGGAGCUGAGCUUUCCGGAUUGGUCAAAUCGGCCACUUCAUUUGCAUUCAACCGCCACAUCAAGGUCGGGACCACCGCUGGCGUGGGUGACGAUCUGGAUCAGAUGCAGGUCAAUCUCGACGACUUUUUGAAUGCGCUCGAUGAAGUCAAACCGGCGUUUGGUGUGGCCGAAGAGGAACUCAAAUCAGUUAUUCAAAACGGAAUCAUCAAAUUCUCUCCUCUUAUCGAUGAAAUUCUUCACGAUGGCAAGCUGUUUGUAGAACAAGUUCGGACGAGUACUCGAACGCCUCUAGUUAGUGUGCUGAUACAUGGUCCUCCUGGGGCCGGAAAAACAGCCUUGGCAGCAUCGAUCGCCCAAGCGUCUGAUUUCCCGUUCAUCAAACUGAUCGCACCCGAAAACAUGGUCGGAUACUCGGAAGCGCAAAAGAUCAACUAUCUUUAUAAAGUGUUUUCGGAUAGCUACAAGAGUCCGAUGAGCGUGAUUGUGGUUGAUAAUAUCGAGCGAAUCUUAGAUUGGGUUCCGAUUGGCCCGAGAUUUUCGAAUGGAGUGCUCCAAGCGUUGAUGGUGUUACUAGGAAAACGGCCGCCGAAGGGGAAAAGGUUGUUGGUACUAGCCACCUCAUCGAGCCGGACAAUGCUCCAAGACAUGGGGAUGUCGGACACAUUUGCCGCCGACAUCCGCGUCCCGCCGAUCGAUACGCUGCGGGCCCUGGAGACGGUGAUCAAAGAGGUGGGCUUGUUCGGCGACCAGGGAUCGUUCUCGAGAGCCAUGACCCUGCUGGAUCAGGCCGGAUUCCGCGACGAGGGCCGGCUGGCUGUGGGCAUCAAGAAGCUGCUGAACAUCGCGGAAAUGUGCAGGCAAGACGAGGAUCGGGCGGCUGAUAAGCUCGUCAUGGAACUCAUGGGCUUGGGAAUGUAA